AUGAACUUAAACGAUGAAACAUGUGCUCUUUGUAUAGACGGGGGAGAUUUAAUUUGUUGUGAUAGUUGUCCUUCUGUUUUUCACCAAAGCUGCUUGAAUAUAAAUGAACUUCCAUCGGGUGACUGGCACUGCAUUUUUUGUUGUUGUAAAUUUUGUGGGUUAUUUGCAGAAAAUAAAAAGCAAAAUACUAUAUAUAAUCGAAACUAUGGAUGUGUGCUUCUAACUUGUCAAUCAUGCAGGAAAAAAUAUCACGAAACUUGUCUCGAGGCCAAUAAUGAUGAGACCAUUCACUUUAACCGUGCAUCUGUAUGUGGAAAAACAUGUCAAGAGAUAUUUGAGAGGUUCGAAAUACUUCUACGGGGUAAACAUGAUGUAGGAAAUGGAUUUUAUGUCACUUUGUUUUGUAAAUCACAUGACAUUGGUUGGAGUGGUUCAAAGAUUGAUAUGGCAUUAUCAAUAAUGUACGAAUGUUUUCAACCUACUUUUGUCAAUCAUAAUGGCAAUCAGAUUGAUAUGAUCCCAAAUAUUUUAUCUAGCAGCUGGUCAAGUUCUCUUGCAAUUAAUUAUGCUGGAUUUUUUACUGUACUACUGGAGGAAGGUGGCCAUGCAAUUAGUGUUGCGACAGUAAGGAUUCAUGAAAACCAGUAUGCAGAGAUGCCAUUUAUUGGAACACGCUUUAUGUAUAGAAAAAGAGGAAUGUGUCAUCGACUCAUGAAUGCCAUCGAAUUAAUGCUAAGUUACUUAAAUGUUGAGAUGUUAAUCAUUCCAUCUGCUCAAGAAGUAUUACACACUUGGAUUUCUUGUUUUGGAUUUGAGCCACUUGACAUGACCACCAAAAAUUUAAUCAAGAACAAAAAUGUUGUGAAAUUCUUUGGAGUAGAAAUGUUGCAGAAGAGAAUAAGCAAAGUAUGA